GCAAUAAAUCUCUGUGCGAGUUUACGGACCAGACCCGGACCAUGAGAGGAGGGAUAUCGUUUUUCCUCUUUAGUGUAUGCAUAACGUUUCACUUAUGAUUUAGCUGAUUUUUAGCAUUAGCAUUCAUUUCAUUUUUAGAUACUGAAGUAUACUUUAGAUUAGGAAUAGUGUUAGGUGUCUGUCUGUCUCCUACUCUCCUUACUUGGAAAAUCGAUCUACUCGAUGUUGUACAUGCGUGACGCUCGAAUCAUGCCAUUUCUGUGCUGAUCGGCCCAUUUGCUCUAACAUCUAGCCCAGAUAACUCUUGUGGUACACAUCGACGCGACACUCUGACACGCUACGGCCUCUCGGCGGGGCCCGGCAACAGACCGGGCAGCAGCACGGCAGCCAUGGCGUCGAGUUCGACCCUGGAUUUGGCGAUGGGCCCCGGCGCCCUCCUCCCCCGCAGCGCGGUCCCGUACGCCUCCUUCGCUCCAGGAAGGGGAAGGAGCGCGAGCGGAACGAGGAGCAGGAAUCUGGCGCUCUCCGCUUCCUCCUCCAACGGUGCAGCAGUGCCAUCCCUGACAACAGAUUCGGAGAAGAAGGGCCCAGUGAUAAUGGAAAUUCCACUGGACCAAAUCCGGAGGCCACUGAUGCGAACGCGGGCCAAUGAUCCAGUCAAGGUGCAAGAACUCAUGGACAGUAUCCGUGUCAUCGGCCUCCAAGUACCUAUUGAUGUGUUGGAGGUCGAUGGGGUCUAUUAUGGCUUCUCUGGAUGCCACCGCUACGAGGCUCACCAGCGCCUUGGUCUCCCAACCAUCCGCUGCAAAGUUCGCCGUGGGACAAAGGAAACACUGAGGCGAGAGCACCUUCCUUCAGCUUGGAUUCCAUUUUUGAAUUACUUGAUGCACUGAACUUCAGUUUGCUCUUUCAGGCACCAUAUGCGAUGAGUUAUAUUUUAUUCAGUUACAAAGUGAUCUGUGUAUCUAGAGCUAAAACAGAAGCUUCCAUGGUCUUUUCGUCGUCUCGUCUGCAAUUCUCCAUACCUGUAAAUGUUGUCCAAACAGAGUGGUGAAUAGUACUUCUGUACCCAGCAGCAUCAGAAAAUGUUAAUUUUGCCUACAACACUCUUUUCGAUCAGUGGAUGGAUGAGUACCACCCGCUCAGUAGAUCAUUCCAUUUCUACGAGAUUUUUGUAAAAAAAGAAAAAUGCAGCAGCAGUCGGCACGCUGUGUCAUUUAGAUCAUCUAGAAAACCAGAAAAAACGAGUCAUGUAACUUGUUUGGCUCGUGCAAAAAAAUAUUCAAAACCAAGUUUGCUUAUACUGGAUGCUGAUGUGUCAUGCUAUGUUGGGGCACACUAAUGAAAGUUUGGAGAUUUAAUUUA